AAUAACGAUCUGUCUGAUUGGCUGGCCAGGCUCCCACGAGGGGUCGCAAGCAAAAGAUUUGCGAAAGGGUUUAUUGUUUCUUUGCUUUCGGGAGCUGAAAUUGUUUGCUAACCCCAGUUCUUCAAUCAAAUUUUCAAACGAGAAAAAUGGCAGGUGGCAAGGCAGGAAAAGACAGCGGGAAAGCCAAGGCAAAGGCGGUGUCGCGCUCCCAGAGGGCUGGGCUGCAGUUCCCAGUGGGUCGUAUCCACAGACACUUAAAGACUCGCACAACCAGCCAUGGGCGUGUUGGAGCCACAGCAGCUGUUUACAGUGCUGCCAUCCUCGAGUACCUCACUGCUGAAGUACUAGAGUUGGCAGGAAACGCCUCCAAAGACUUGAAGGUGAAGCGUAUCACUCCCCGUCACUUGCAGCUGGCAAUCCGUGGUGAUGAGGAGUUGGAUUCUCUUAUCAAAGCAACAAUUGCUGGUGGAGGUGUCAUCCCCCACAUCCACAAAUCCCUCAUUGGGAAGAAGGGCCAGCAGAAGACUGCGUAGAUGCCACGUUGACCAGACAUUUGGGGGCUUGGGCUUUGUUUGGACCAGGAGUUCACAUUUGUUCUUUUCUAUUAUUAAUAUUAUAGCAAACGAAGAGUGAUUGUUAGACUUUGUGUUGUUAUAUUUCUCCCGUAAAUAGUUAAAAGUACAGAAAAUUCCUUAACCGCAGUAAACCUUUUGUUUUUUAUGUCAUUGUAGACCGUUUGACUGGGGAGCUCAUGAUUAUUGAAAUGAUAGUGAAUUUGUUUGAUUGGCUUGGGAAUAUGUGAUGUUUUAUACUGAAAUUGUUUAAAAAACGUUUUUUGUAUAAAAAAAAUCUUGUUUUGUGGUUAUUUUUCCUAUAACCUGUUUUUUAAAAAGACACUUGAUUCGAUAACAGCAGCUAAAUGUGACAUUUCACCUUUUUCCUUUUCAAUUACUGUAAUAUUUUUCAACUGCACAUAGAUAUUGGCUUAGAAUGGUUUUUUUUAACAUCAAAAUAUCAAUGAGCACGUACUGUACCAGUGUGCUACAGUGUGUUUUUUUUUGUUUUUUUGCGAAUGUUUACAGUAUUUUAAAACUUGUUAAACUUGAAAAUACGUAUUGACAGAUGUGAUCUGGAAACACUGACCUAACAGUGUUUUUUUUUCCUCACUGCAACAAACAUCCUGCCGAUUUGUUAACUGUCUGAAGGCAUGGCUGACAGCCAGGAUAGCGGUGAGAAUCAUAACCGAGCUUAAAACAUUUACCUGCAAUUUUUAUAUGUAUUGGCAGGCAGAACUGUUCUCACAUGUCCAUUUCAUUUUUCUUUCUUUUUUUUUUUAACAAGUUGAAGCGUUUUCUAAUAGUUGCGUGUUCAGGACAAUGACUGCAUAUUUUAUCUUUUAAUAAAUACCCUUGACAUGUC